AUGCUGCGGCUGAAGGCGUUUCGUCCCACCAAUGACAAGAUCGUCAAGAUCCAAAUGCACCCGACCCAUCCCUGGCUGGUCACCGCCGAUGCAUCCGAUCAUGUGUCCGUGUGGAACUGGGAACACCGCCAGGUGAUCUAUGAGCUGAAAGGUGGUGGUGUGGACGAGAGGCGUUUGGUUGGUGCUAAACUGGAGAAGCUCGCCGAGGGAGAAUCGGAGCCCAAAGGAAAACCUACUGAAGCAAUCAGAGGCGGCAGUGUUAAGCAAGUGAGCUUUUAUGAUGAUGAUGUACGAUAUUGGCAACUUUGGCGCAACCGCUCUGCUGCUGCUGAGGCUCCCUCUGCUGUGAAUAAUGUGACUUCAGCCUUUAAUUCUCCCGCUCCUUCAACUAAAGGACGUCACUUUCUUGUAAUUUGUUGUGAGAACAAAGCCAUUUUUCUCGAUUUGGUGACUAUGCGUGGUCGUGAUGUACCAAAGCAAGAUCUUGACAACAAGUCACUUCUCUGUAUGGAGUUUCUAGCAAAAUCUGCGGCUAAUGAGGGGCCUCUGGUGGCUUUUGGUGGAUCAGAUGGUGUAAUUAGAGUUCUUUCAAUGAUAACAUGGAAGCUUGCUCGUAGAUAUACUGGAGGUCAUAAGGGACCAAUUUCUUGUUUGAUGACUUUCAUGGCUUCAUCCGGCGAGGCACUAUUGGUCUCUGGUGGCAAUGAUGGUUUACUUGUUCUCUGGAGUGCUGACCAUGGACAUGAUUCACGAGAACUUGUACCAAAGUUGAGCUUAAAAGCCCAUGAAGGUGGGGUUAUUGCAAUAGAGCUUUCUCGAGUGAUCGGUAGUGCACCUCAGCUUAUCACAAUUGGUGCAGAUAAAACUUUAGCUAUCUGGGACACAAUGUCUUUUAAGGAGUUGCGACGAAUAAAACCCGUCUCAAAAUUGGCCUGUCAUAGUGUUGCAUCUUGGUGCCACCCUCGAGCUCCCAACCUUGAUAUAUUGACCUGUGUUAAGGAUUCACAUAUAUGGGCUAUCGAGCACCCAACUUACUCAGCUCUAACAAGGCCAUUAUGUGAACUUUCCUCACUAGUACCUCCACAAUUACUUGCAUCUCAUAAAAAGUUAAGGGUCUAUUCUAUGGUUGCACAUCCACUGCAACCUCAUCUUGUUGCCACUGGAACCAACUUGGGUAUAAUAGUCUGUGAAUUUGACCCAAGGUCUCUUCCACCUGUAGCUCCCUUGCCAACGCCUCCAGAAAGCCGAGAACAUGCUGCUGUAUAUGUGAUUGAGCGGGAAUUGAAACUACUACAAUUUCAGUUAUCUAAUACUGCGAACCCAUCUCUUGGGAGCAAUGGUUCCUUAACCGACGCGGGAAGGAUCAGGGGUGAUGCACCUGAACAACUGCAUGUUAAGCAAUUGAAGAAACAUAUUAGUACUCCUGUUCCACAUGAUUCGUACUCAGUUCUCUCAGUGAGCAGUUCGGGGAAGUACGUGGGGAUUGUGUGGCCUGAUAUUCCUUACUUCUCCAUCUACAAGGUCAGUGACUGGUCCAUCGUUGAUUCAGGCAGUGCAAGGCUUUUAGCUUGGGACACUUGCCGAGAUCGAUUUGCUUUGCUGGAGUCUGCUGUGGCUCCUAGAAUGCCAGUCAUUCCGAAAGGUUCUUCGAGAAAAGCAAAGGAAGCAGCUGUUGCCGCAGCACAAGCAGCAGCAGCCGCGGCUUCAGCCGCAUCAUCUGCCAGUGUUCAAGUUCGCAUACUUUUGGAUGAUGGGACAUCAAAUAUAUUAAUGAGGUCUGUUGGUAGUCGCAGUGAACCAGUAAUCGGUUUGCACGGGGGUGCACUUCUCGGUGUUGCCUACCGUACAUCUCGUAGGAUUAGUCCAGGUGCUGCCACCGCAAUUUCUACAAUUCAGUCCAUGCCCCUUUCAGGCUUUGCUAGCAGUGGGGUUUCUUCUUUCAGCUCUGUAGAUGAUGGUUUUUCUUCACGAAGAUCUUCGGCUGAAGCUGCUCCUAUGAACUUCCAAUUAUACAGCUGGGAAUCUUUCCAGCCAGUGGGUGAUCUUCUCCCUCAUCCUGAAUGGACUGCAUGGGAUCAGACUGUUGAGUAUUGUGCUUUUGCCUAUCACCAACACAUAGUGAUAUCCUCUCUGCGACCUCAGUACCGAUACUUGGGGGAUGUGGCAAUACCUCAUGCUACUGGGGCUGUUUGGCAGCGCAGGCAGUUAUUUGUUGUCACCCCAACUACCAUAGAGUGUGUUUUUGUUGAUGCUGGUAUUGCACCAAUUGACAUAGAAACUAAGAAACGAAAAGAAGAGAUGCGACUUAAAGAGGCACAGGCUAGAGCUGUCGCUGAGCAUGGAGAAUUGGCAUUAAUUACCGUUGAUACACAGAAGAGUACUGUACAAGAGAGGGUAAAACUGAGACCUCCAAUGCUCCAAGUUGUGCGACUGGCUUCUUUUCAGCAUGCUCCAUCCGUGCCGCCAUUUUUAUCUUUGCCAAAACAAUCGAAAGUUGAGAAUGAUGACUCAUCAUUUAUGAAGGAGCUGGAUGGGAAAGUCAAUGAAGUCGCUGUUGGUGGUGGUGGAGUUGCUGUAGCUGUUACACGUUUUCCAGCUGAGCAAAAGCGACCCAUCGGUCCUCUUGUAGUUGUUGGUGUCCGUGAUGGAGUUCUUUGGCUGAUUGAUAGAUACAUGUGUGCCCAUGCAAUAUCUCUUGGCCAUCCUGGUAUUCGUUGCCGUUGUCUUGCGGCCUAUGGAGAUGCAGUUAGUGCAGUCAAAUGGGCUACCAGGCUGGGCAGAGAACAUCAUGAUGAUUUAGCUCAAUUUAUGCUUGGGAUGGGUUAUGCUACUGAAGCACUUCAUUUGCCGGGAAUAUCUAAGAGGUUGGAAUUCGAUCUUGCCAUGCAGAGCAAUGAUUUAAAAAGAGCUCUUCAGUGUCUACUGACGAUGAGCAAUAGCAGGGAUUUAGGGCAAGAAACUCUUGGUCUGGACUUGAAUGACCUCAUGAAUUUAACUGCAAAGAAAGAAAACGUUGUAGAUGCUGUACAAGGAAUCGUUAAAUUUGCAAGAGAAUUUUUGGACUUAAUUGAUGCUGCUGAUGCAACAGCACAGGGGGACAUUGCCCGUGAAGCUCUUAAGAGGUUAGCUGCUGCUGGGUCCUUGAAGGGUGCUUUGCAUGGUCAUGAGUUGAGAGGACUGGCUUUACGGCUUGCAAAUCAUGGGGAGUUGACAAGGCUAAGUAAUUUGGUAAAUGACCUAGUAUCAGUGGGUGCUGGAAGGGAAGCUGCAUUUGCUGGUGCCGUUUUGGGAGACAACACACUCAUGGAGAAAGCAUGGAAAGAAACUGGGAUGCUUGCUGAAGCUGUGCUCCAUGCUCAUGCUCAUGGACGACCUUCAUUGAGGAGCUUGGUUCAGGAAUGGAAUAAGGUACUGCAAAAGGAGAUGGAACACACUCCUUCUGUGAAACAAGAUGCUGCUUCUGCAUUUUUGGCUUCACUCGAGGAACCCAAAUUCACAAGUCUGCAGGAUGCAGCCAAGAAAUCUCCAAUUGAAAUCCUGCCUCCAGGAAUGGCAUCCUUGUAUGGUCCCAACCCUGGUCAGGUCAAACCGCCUCAAAUAGCACAAGGUUCAAAGCAACAGGCUGGCAAACCAUUGCUUCUAGAAGGACCCAUUGGUGCUGCGAAAAAUGCAUCAGCUCAAUCAGGAUCAGGGGAUCAAAUCACAUCUGAAGCUGGUGCUCUGCCCAAAUCUGAUUCAAGUGCCUCAAUAUCAUCACAAUCAGGUAUCCCUCCCGAAGCAGGUGCUCUGCCCAAGUCUGAUUCCAGUGCUUCAAUUUCGUCACAAUCGGGUAAACCCUCGACAGAAGCAUCUAGUCUUCAACCUGCUGAGACAGGGGCAGCCCCAUCUGAAUCGAACGCUUCAGUUCCGGAGGAGUCAAGUACCCAGGUGCCUGCAGAUUCAUCAAAUGAUAAAGCUACAGAUGACCAAAGCCCUGUACCACCAUCAGCAGGAGGUGAAGAUGCCAGUGCAAAACAGGAUAUUGAACCUUUAGCAGCUAAGGGUAGUCCAUCGGUGGACGUUGCUCCCGUACAACAAAAUAAUCCGGGUACCACUGUUAAUUCUGAACUUCUAAUGAUUGAUUUCUCCUGA